GUCAGCGUAAACAUUGAGGUCAUCUGGUUUUGUCGAGUUCUGAAGUUUGUUAUAUUUGGUUCAUUUAUUUGAACACAGAAAGCUGUGUCUGAUUGUUACAUACAUUGAGUUAUUAGAAAUAAUAAUUUUGGUGACAAUCAUGUUAACAUUUUGUGGCAUUUGGAUGGACUUGAAUUGUCAAAUGGGAGCCAUCUUUUCGAUCAGCUGGUACUAGAAUGCGAUAUGAAUUCUGCGUUGAAUUUAUUCCAUCGUUUGUGUCUUGAUAUUUAAACAAAAUGGAUGACAAUUUUCUUCUGCGCCUUAAAAAACGAGAAAUUGAGAGUCGUCACUGUUGUCGUUUUCAACGUUCACUCCAUGUCAAUAAAUAUAUUCUACCAAGAUUGAAUCUAGAAACAGAAUUGGAGGGACAUAAUGGUUGUGUUAACUGUCUAGAGUGGAAUCAGAAAGGAGAUUUAUUAGCGAGUGGUUCUGAUGAUUUAAAUGCUAUAAUAUGGGAACCAAUGAAACACAGACAGUUGUGUACUAUACGUACUGGUCACCAUGGCAACAUAUUUUCUGUCAAGUUUUUACCUGAUACAAAUGAUCGUAUCAUAGCAACAGGUGCUGCUGAUUGCAAAGUGCGUGUACAUGAUGUUAAUGUCCGUGAGACAACCCAGGCAUUCAGCUGUCAUGCUGGUAGGGUAAAAAGACUAGCUGUUGCACCUCAUAUGCCUUAUAUGUUCUGGAGUGCUGCUGAAGAUGGUACUAUCAGGCAAUUUGAUUUACGAUCUCCUCAUACUUGUAACGAUCAUUGCGGUAAUGUUUUAAUUAAUCUAAACACAUAUAUUGGUAAUCAAGCUGAAGCCAAGUGUCUGUCAGUCAAUCCACUGAGACCAGAAUUAUUAGCAGUUGGUGCUAAUGACCCAUAUGUUCGUUUAUAUGAUACUCGCAUGUUGAGUCCCCACUCUGUUCGGUUCUCUAGUGAAGAAAGACUUGGUGCAUCUUGGCAUACUCCAGCACCUGAUCCAGACCCAGAUGGGAAACUUCCCAAAGGUUGUGUACAAUAUUAUGUAGCUGGUCAUUUACCAAUCAAGCAAAAUGAUUAUCAUCAAAGAUUUCGUACAUUAGUUUCUACUUUUGUUACAUUUGGACCAGACGGUACCGAACUAUUGGUCAAUCUUGGUGGUGAGCAAAUCUACCUUUUUGAUGUGACAAAAAGGAAAGAAUGCAAAAAAUAUCGAUUAGAUGAUUAUAAAUUGCCAUCUUUGAGUACAAAUGGUGUAGUUAAAG